AUGUCUACUAACCCAACUCUGAAAAAUAUUUCAUAUCUCAAAACUCUUGAAUUGAAUAUUCUUAAGAAUAGCUCAUCUGAUGCUAUUGCAAAAGAUAUUAGAGUUUCAGAACUAGACUUAUGCUCAAUGUAUAAAGAAGAGCUUUUUUUGUACGAACUUAAAAAACUAUUUACGACACUUAUCUAUGGACAUAUAUACUACUAUAGUUGUCUUGAGAAUUAUAUAAAAAAUCUCCUGCAAUGCUCUAAAUGUGCAAUAGAAAUUAAAUCUAUUGAUUAUGUGCAUUCUGGCACUUCUAAGCAAAGUACCUUGGACCUAAUACAAAUUUCACCACAAACAGUACAAAUAGUAUCUGAUCAGAGCCAGAAUAUA